AUGCCAUCAAUUGAUCCGACGAUUGGCGACAACAACAACAACACCGACGGCAACGACGACCAGAGGACGAGCGAUGGAUCCGUUGUGUCGAUACUUCACUUCAACGACAGCUAUAACGUGGAGUCCAGAAGUGCUGAGCCGUCGGGAGGGGCCGCACGACUCCUCACAGCUUUCAACGCAUUCAAACACUUCCACCCAUUGGUCCUCUUCAGCGGCGAUAUUAUGGCCCCCUCUAUGGCCUCUUUGGUGCCGAACUCGAGUUCGUUGAACGAUCUGAUCCGCGGCAUUGCCUUCUCCUCGUCGGUGAUGAGUUCUUUCACGAAAGGCGAGCAAAUGAUACCCGUAUUGAACGCACUGUCCGUCGAUUGCGCCCUCUUUGGGAACCACGAGUUCGACUUCGGAGUCCCUCAUCUGGAGUCGUUUGUCAGCAGAACUAACUUCCCGUGGGUUUUGUCCAAUGUAUUCGAUCCGCAGACCAACCGUCCGAUGGCCGGCGCUUUCCUCUUCCAUACCAUACAUAGAAAUGGCAAAAAAAUAGGAAUCAUAGGUCUGGUGGAAGAGCAGUGGUUGGCCGACGCCAUAGACCAGCCAUUUCUAUACCGAAACUUUAUAACAGAAGGCAAACAAUUGGCCAAACAGUUGAAGGAAAAGGAGAGCGUAGACUUUGUGAUUGCCUUAACACACAUGCGAUGGCCUAACGAUUGCCUUUUGGCCCAAAACGUGCCCGAAAUUGAUUUAAUACUCGGCGGACACGACCACGACUACCAGUGCCGUCGCGUCAACAAUAUAUUGUGCGUUAAAAGUGGUACCGAUUUUCGACAAUUCAGUAAAAUAGACGUCCAAUUCGUCGGUUCCCAGAAAUACGAGAUUAAAUGCAAUGAAAUUACUGUCAAUUCGUUUGACUUCAACGAAGACCAGGCGCUGAAAGAAGAGCUCAAGAAGUACUCGUUUGACGUCGAGUCCAAAAUGGAUAUCGUUUUGUGCGAAAUGCGGUCAGAACUGGACGGACGGUUCGCCUCAAUACGAAAUAAAGAGACAAAUUUAGGCAAUUUUAUAUGCGAUAUAGUGUUGGCCACGACUGGCGCCGAUGCCGUCCUUUUGAACUCCGGUACGUUUCGUAGCGAUCAAAGCCACACAACCGGUGCCUUCAAAGUGCGCGAUUUGGUCCGCAUAUUACCAAUGAUGGACGCAUUGCUUGUGCUCAACAUAACUGGUCGCCAAUUGUUGGCCGCACUCGAGUGCUCUGUCGCUCAAUGGCCAGUACUUGACGGCAGUUUUGCUCAGUUGUCGGGAAUUAAGUACUCGUUUAACGCCAAUCAAUCGGUUGGCAAUCGUGUGGACAAACAAAGUGUGAGAGUUGGCGGUCAUUGUGUAGAGUUAGAGCGCAAGUAUCGACUCGUGACCAAAGACUUCUUGCAUAAGGGAAAGGAUGGCUAUUAUGUGAUGAAAGAGUGCGAAGUGUUGCUCAAUGAGGAGCAGUGUUGCGAUGUGUUUUACAGAGACAAGAAAAGCGCACAAAAACCUACUGUUAAACCGACGCCCGACUCAUCGCAAACCAUAACACGAACUGAAUUGUAA